ACAAUGGCGGAAGAGAGUAGGAUGAAUUUGGCUGCACUGCAGCAAAGAGAUCCGUACAUAAACGAAAUUGCCGAAACUGCUACACAAGUAGCUUUGUAUUCUUUUAAUCCUAAAACUAAUCAAUGGGAGAAGACUUCCAUUGAGGGAUCGUUAUUUGUAUAUAAGAGGUCGGCUUCUCCAAACAACGGCUUCAUGAUUCUGAACCGGCUGGGGUUGAACAACCUGAUAGAGCCUAUCACAAAAGAUUUGGAAUUCCAGCUCCAGGACCCCUUCCUUCUGUAUCGCAAUACCAAAGCGAUCUAUGGCAUUUGGUUCUAUGAUAAAGAUGAGUGCGCUCGGAUUGGACAGUUAAUGAAUAGUCUAUUGCAGUUGGCGAUUGAUUACCAUCGAGCGAAAUCUGACAUGAGACAACGAAGAGCUUCAGAGUCAGACAGCAUGUUGGAAAAAGAAGAAAGUUUACCGAAAAAUGUAGACAUUUUACAGAUGUUGUCUAAAGCUCAGCACGAAUAUGACAAGUCUAAAUGCAGCAGCAGUAGUUUACCAAAGGCAAGGGAUCCCAAACCCUUGAUAGAUAACCCCAAUGCUUCAGCGACGAAGGCUACAAACUUACUCAGACCCACACCUCUCAAGAUGGCUGAAGUUAAUGAUGAAGGUGGAGGGGAGCCGGAUAGGACUAAGGCUUCAUCAGUGCCCCCUGCCACUGCCCCUGCCACAGGUGCAGGAACAGCACCCAUCAGUCUAGAAACUUUGUUCAGGAAUGCUAGUCUACAGCAGCAGAGUGGUAACAGACAAGAUCAACCCCGCCCGCAGCCAUUUCACAGGUCUAUGUCUAUGACAGAGGGGGACUCUAAAUCUCAAGACUUAUUGCGUCACAUCAUGUCAAGUGGUUCAAUGGUGGAAGACAUAGAAAGGCAGCAACACCGGGACGUCCCCCCUAAACCCCCCUCAGCCCCCUCACUCCAGACCCUCCCACAAAACUUCAAGUCAGACCAAAGAGUAUCACCACCUAACAAAGAGAGGGAGAACAAGGCAGCUCCCACAAAGUAUGAUCUUUCACCUUAUUUGAAAACAAAUGAAAAAGAGGCAGAAGGUGGGGAGGAUAAAGGGAGGAGGAAGUCCCCCAGCGUACAGACGGAGGGGGCGGAGAGUCUACUGACACCGGCAGCAUUACAGACCUCAAUGUCCCUCAGUGCAGAUGUGACCUCUGGUUUAUCUCGGUUACUGCCUCAGAAUCCCGAUGUUUUACUGACCCCCAUGGCAUUCACUCAGUCCCCCAAAGCAGGCUCCCCUGCCACCACACUAUCAUUUACAACUCAGGACUCGUCAGAUGACCUACCAAUAGCUGCCCUUACUAGAGAACAACUACAGCAAGCCCUCGUACAUCUAAUCAAGAAUGAUUCCAGUUUUAUAGACAGUAUACAUCAAGCCUAUCUCAACAGUUUAAAGUUAUCCCACAAGACAUAGCAUUUUAAAGACCCACUAUAGAGUCCCAGAAAGCCAAAGGAUUGCCUAUUCAAUCAUGUGACCAGGACCUCAAUUCAGUCAUAUGACCAGGAUUUCAACUCAGUCAUUUGACCAGGAUUUCAACUCAGUCAUGUGACCAGGAUUUCAAAUUCACCAGAAUCCAUGAACAAUUUUUAUCAGUAGCAGAUAGUGCUUUAUUUCAUUGUUGUUGUUCGUUGUGAUCAGGACAAAUACAAAAUUUUAUAUCUGUGAAAUGAGAUUGCAUUUUUUUUUCUCUCUGGCUGCUUUAAAGUGCAAUUCCUGAUCAUUGGGUUUUUAUUAUAUUGUAACACAAGAGUGUCAUUUUUGUCAAGUGCUUAAAUUAUAGGUUGCUCAUAAGGUUUUCAGUAUUAUUUUUAUUGACACUUGCAUAUCCUGUGUAUAUGGAGAACAAUUUCAUAUAAGGUUGAUAAUGUAAAAGAUAUAGACAGAUGUGAUCUCAGAAUAUGGUGUCAUAAUUUUAAUUAGAAAAUCAAUAUGUUGUGGAGAGAUGUUAUUUAUUUUUGUUUGAAAGAUUUAUAUGCUUUUUGCAGUUUGUACCAAGUGUAUUUGGUAUAUAUGAUUAUUUUUUUUUUUAACAUUAUAACUUGACUUGCACAAUUUUGUUAAAGUCACAAUUGCUGUGUUCAUUUAUGUCACCCACUGAGAUUGCUUUCAUCUGAUUUUUUUCCCCAGUGUAUUAAGAUAUCCAAGGUUUUCACCUUCCUUGUAAAUGAUUUUCUUUAAAAAAAGUGGCUCUCUUAUUUUACAACUUAUUCCCUAUAACUACAUGUCUUAUCCUUAUUUUGUUGGCAUGAUUUGAGGUAGCUAUUUGAUAUUUUUAAGUGCUUUGUACGUUGCCAUGGUUUGUGGUCCAUUUACUCUCCAUAUUAAUUCGGUGCUUUCAUUAUAUAUGAGUUGAUAUAGAGGUCUUAUCAAGCAUAACCAAAUACAGGGUCAUUUUCUAGGUUUUGAGUUCUUGGAAGUUAUUGUCCAAUUUUAAUUUAUGCUAGUAUUUGCCAUAUUUCAGUCAGUACAGUGUAUGAUUCUUAUGUUGAAAUACUGUAUCAAAUACAGGGGAAUACUUUUCCAUUGGCUCAUAGCCUCAUACCUAUCACCAGCUCCUUAUUUAUAUCAGUGAUUAAAAUUUGUUUUCAUUCAUUAUACUACAAUCUUUACUCUAAUGUUUGUUCUUUAAGGUUGAUAUUUACAAGUAGAUCUAGACUGAUUUAUUUAAUAUAAUUCAAUCUUAGGGAUAUCAUCUAUUUUACUUUCUGUCAAAAAUCUUGAUACAAGUCGAUUACAGAAAUGUUUGAGAGAGGAAGGAACUAUAACUCUGCAAAUGAGAAUGAUGAGCUAUACAAACCUUUAACAGAUUACAAAAUUGUUUAAAGACAUUUUAAACUUACUUCAUUUAAAGACCUAGAAAGAGUUUGUUUUGUACCAAAAAAUAAUUUCACUCAAAGAAAAUUAUUCACUUCAAUCAAUAGCUUCCAGUUUGUUGAUGUAAAUAUUAUACGAGUUAUGAAGUUUGUGAAAUGUAAGGAACAUGAAGUAUAAGACAACUAUUUUUUUAAAAAUCAUGUGAGGAGAAUGCGGGUCUAUAUUUUAAAACAGUUUAAAUUAUUUUGGCUUAUCCCUUUAACCUAAAAAGAGAAAGAGAGAUAACAUGCAUUUCAUACAAGAUACAUGUACAUUACUAAAUAGUUUACUUGGAACAGUUAAAUGUCCAAAUCUUGAAUAUGGCUGUAUUUUUUGUAUAACUUGAGAAUUUUACAAGUUAUUAGAAAAUUAUUGUUGCAAUGGAAAUCAUGGGCAAAUAUUGUAAAGUAAAUGGGUGCUACACUGUAAACAGUUAUUUGCUUUAUAUCAAGAAUCAUUUGCCAUUAGCAUUUCUCAUUCCUGAUUUGUAAAAUCACUGUUCAGUCAGUUUGAUGUGAGUAGAAUGUAAGUCUGUGAAGUGAGUGUCAUGAUUGUAGUCUGUAUGUCUGUGUUGUAAGAUUAUAGGACUUUUUUACAGUCUAUUUAUAGUGUAGUCUCUAGUACUCAUGUAUUUCAUGUCAACAAUUAAAGGCUCAUGUAUCAGAAGUUACCAACAACAGAAGUGAUUUGACACAGUUGGUGAAGGGACUUUUGUUCAUAAAGACUUUGAAUGGUCUUAUCCUUUCCUAUUGUGUUAGUAAUUUGAGAAAUCAUGUAGAGUUUUCCUUCAGUAUUUAGCUGUGUGUGUGUUUGUCUGUCUGUGUUUGCUAUUGUUGGACCCUGCUCGGUGAGUUUUCUAGGUAUUUAAGUAAAUGUGAGUAAAUUUUGUUUUUCUUGUUGAUAGUCAUUCCAUUAACAUAUAAGGAAAUGGCUGUUAUAUAACUUAUAUUUACUUUUAUUUUCUUGUUUUUCUUGCCAUUUAGAAAGAAAAAAAGAGAAUUCUGUGGUUGUAUUUGUAUGUAAGUAUAUGUUUGUGAAUGAAGAAUGAAAGCAAUUGAAUGUUUGUAUGUGGAACUGUUUAUAAAACAGUUCUUUGUCUUAUGAGUGAUAUGUGCAGUACAUGAUGAUGUUGUAGGAGUGGUCAGUGACACAGUAUGUUGAUUGUGGUCAAUCAAGGAGAGUGUUUAGCUGAGUAUUUGUUGUGGUUUACAUAAAGAAACACACAGUACACAAGUUCUGGUAUCAAAAGAGAGAGGUUAUUCCUUUUUUUUUAAUUGGGUGAGGGGUUGGGGGCAGCUUUUGUUUUCCUCAAACUUUCAUAUCCAAAAAAAUCUUAAAUCUUUCAUGUGGUUAAAAUCUUUCAGGGUUCCAAUACUAUGAUAGCAUUUUAUAAAUUUUUCUUGCAAUUUUUCGGGUAGAAAGGCAGAAGGGAGUUUUUUCUUAAAGGAGGGAGAUUUAACCAACACUGAAAUGUUGUCUGUGUAUAAUUAUGUUGUGGAAAUCAAUUUUAGAACAGAAAGUAUUUGUAAUUUAGGGAAGUAUUUGAAAAUGUUCUUUUAACCUCUUGAUUCCUAAGAUAUGAAGGAUUGAGGUUAUGUAUGUUUUUGUUUUGUCCAUUUGUCGGUCUUUCCUUGUCCUUAGCUUUAAAAGUUGAAUGAAAAUGAAUUGGAGACUUCUUUAUUGUUAGAGAAGAAAGUCAAGGUCCUACUAAGUUAAAGGUCAUCAGAAAUUUUUCCCUAUAAGAUUUUGCCAGUUCUAGGAGCAUUGUGUUUCAAUAUCCCAUUUGUCAUUAAAGUCUGAACAAUGGUUUAGUAAGUGUAUUGGUUCUGAUAAUUUAAUUUGAUUUAAUGAAAAGGAAUAAAAACAUUUUAAAAUGUUGUUAUUACAGGAAACUGGCCGUUUUGCAUUACAACAACAUGAUUGUAAUACACUGUAUUUACAGUAAUUUGCUUUGUUUUGUUUAUAUUUUCAAGCAAGAUAUCUUGGAAUUUAACAAAUAAGUACUGUAGAUCACUUAAUUUUCGCGACACCUUAUUUUCGCAAGAUAGUCAUUGACUCUGGGUUAGCGAGACAAAAUUUUCGCAAAUUGUGGUUAUUGCUCUAUAUAUUUUUAAGGAAUACUAUUAUACGCGAGAAUUAAAUUUUCGCGAGCACACUGUCUCGCAUAAUUACGCGAAAAUUAAGUUCUCGUUAAUAAAAAGUGAUUUACAGUAAGCAUUUUCCUUGCUGAGAAAAACUUAAUUUUGUCAAAAAAAAGGAUGAACAAAAUUGAGAAUUUAAAUUAUUUCCAAUAUGAUCAUUUUAAAGAGUACGUUUUUGUACAAUUCUUGAACAAGUACUACAGUAUAAUAUUGUUUUAUUUUUCAAAUGCCAAAUUGUAUUUCUAAAAAUUUUCUUUUACCCGGUACAUAAAAUGUUAUUUCUGUUGUGUGAUUUUCUGUAAAUCGCAAAUUGCACCAUCUUUAAAGUUACACUCGCAAAAAGAUUUAAACCUAGCAGUCAUUUGGUUUGUAUUUCAGAAUAUAUACUGUAUACAGUGUAUCUGUUGACCAGUUAACAUCAUAUGGUAUGUUAGCUUGCAUUGUAAUUUGCAAACAAAUGUGCAAUUCAGCAUUUCAUUCUAUAGAGAAAUGGUGAAGCAUUGAAUGUUGUCAGGUUGUAGUUGUCUAUGAGUGGUGCUAAUUGCUCGUAACAUUCAAAGGGUGCAUUUUUGGUUAUUAAGCUGAAAUCUCAUAAAAGAAAUUCACUUGAAUAAGCAAGUGAAAAAAUGUUUGGAAGAACAAGAAUUGGAUUAUUUUAAAGAUUUAACAAAAUGUAUGGUUGGGAGACAAACCUUCGAUAAAUUCAUUUUUGCUAACAUUGUAAUACAUGUAUUGUAUUAUUCAUUGGUCACUUUUAUUUCUUUUGUUUUGGCUAUAUUGAUUGCUUUCAAAUUACUUUAAAUGACAUACAUAUGUAUUGGGGAAAUGAUAAUGUCCAGACAGCUGUCGUAGAAAAAUAUGUACUUAUACUAAGGCUAAAAAGGGUUGGUGGGGUUGUCACAAUAUAAUUUUUUUUUGAGUGUGACUGUUUAUAUUUAUCAAAAGGAUACUGGAGUAU